AUGUCACAUAACAGCAAAUAUUACUGUGCGAAAAUUCAGAAAAAGGAUGCUGAAAAAUGCAAGUCAAUUAGAACCAUGUUUGGGGCUGCCUCUCAGACACCAACCCUGGAAGACCCGCAUAGUUCGGCGGUAAAUGUAAGCGACAUCACACCAACUGACACCCCAAUUUUUGUCUGUGAUUCCAAUCUCAAUAAUGAUGCUUCAACUGUCCAGACUACCAUAAGUGAGACCCCUGGUACUCCUUCUAUCCAGACUACCAUUAGUGAGCCCCCUGGUACUCCUACUAUCCAGACUACCACAAGUGAGCCCCCUGGUACUCCUACUAUCCAGACUACCAUCAGUGAGCCCCCUGGUACUCCUACAAUCCAGACUACCACAAGUGAGCCCCCUGGUACUCCUACUAUCCAGACUACCAUUAGUGAGCCCCCUGGUACUCCUACUACCCAGACUACCACAAGUGAGCCCCCUGGUACUCCUACUAUCCAGACUACCACAAGUGAGCCCCCUGGUACUCCUACUAUCCAGACUACCAUUAGUGAGCCCCCUGGUACUCCUAUCCAGACUACCAUAAGUGAGCCCCCUGGUACUCCAACUGUCCAGACUACCACAAGUGAGCCCCCUGGUACUCCUACUAUCCAGACUACCACAAGUGAGCCCCCUGGUACUCCUACUAUCCAGACUGCAGCCAUAAGUGACCCCCUGGUACUCCAACUGUCCAGACUACCACAAACUACCACAAGUGAGCCCCCUGGUACUCCUACUAUCCAGACUACCACAAGUGAGCCCCCUGGUACUCCAACUGUCCAGACUACCACAAGUGAGCCCCCUGGUACUCCUACUAUCCAGACUGCGGCCAUAAGUGACCCCCCUGAUACUCAGAAUGUCCAGUCUUGA